AUGCCUGUCAAGUCACGGUUUACGCGGCUUGACGCAUUCACCAAGACCGUCGAAGAUGCCCGCAUACGAACCACCUCCGGAGGCAUCGUGACCAUCACUUCCAUCCUACUGAUCUUCUAUCUCGUCUGGGGGGAAUGGUCGGACUACAGACGAAUACUGGUGCAGCCAGAGCUAAUAGUGGACAAGGGAAGAGGCGAGAAGAUGGAAAUACAUCUGAACAUAACCUUCCCCCGAAUACCGUGCGAACUCCUCACCCUCGAUGUCAUGGACGUUUCCGGCGAGCAGCAGACUGGUGUGGUACACGGAGUCAACAAGGUGCGGCUGUCACCCGCGAACGAAGGCUCCACGGUGAUCGACACGCAAGCACUGCAACUGCACGCCCAAGACGGGGCAUCCCACCUCGACCCCGAAUACUGUGGCUCCUGCUACUCUGCCCCGUCACCGCCUGGCGCCGCGAAACCAGGCUGCUGCAACACUUGCGACGAGGUGCGCGAGGCCUACGCGCAGAACAGCUGGUCGUUCGGCCGGGGCGAUGGCGUCGAGCAGUGCGAGCGCGAGGGGUACGGAGAGCGGCUGGACGCACAACGCCAUGAGGGUUGCCGGAUCGAAGGGGUCAUCCGGGUCAACAAAGUCGUGGGCAACUUCCACAUCGCGCCCGGCCGCAGCUUCAGCAACGGCAACAUGCACGUGCACGACCUGAACAACUACUUCGACAGCCCGAUCGAGGGCGGCCACACCUUCACACACGAGAUCCACUCGCUGCGCUUUGGCCCACAGCUCGAUGACGGCGGAUCUUCGUCCUCGUCCUCCUCCACCAAGAAAUGGAGCGACCACCACCACUCGAACCCGCUCGACGGGAACAAGCAGGAGACCGACGAAGCGGGCUUCAACUUUAUGUACUUCAUCAAAGUCGUCUCGACGUCGUAUCUGCCCCUGGGCUGGGACGAGGACCGCUCGCUCAAGCAGCACUCCAGCCUCGCGGACCUGAUCCCGCUCGGCAUGCAGGGCAAAGGCGCCGGCAGCCAGGGCUCCAUCGAAACUCACCAGUACUCGGUCACGUCGCACAAGCGGUCCUUGAGUGGCGGCACCGAUGCUUCCGAGGGCCAUAAAGAGCGCCUGCACGCCCACGGCGGUAUCCCCGGCGUCUUCUUCUCGUAUGAUAUCAGUCCGAUGAAGGUCGUGAACCGCGAGGCUCGGCCAAAGACUUUUGCCAAUUUCUUGACCGGGGUUUGUGCUGUCAUUGGGGGCACGUUGACGGUUGCGGCCGCGAUUGAUCGAGGCCUUUAUGAGGGGAGUACGCGGUUGAAGAAGAGCCAUACUGGUUGA